CCCUCACUUUGCUUUCUACCCUCUCUAGGCGGGAGGUUUACCGGAUUCUGCAGGAAGAAGGAAUAGAUCUGCCUCGCUAUGCUGUACUCAACCGGGACCCUGACAAGCCAGAUGAGUGCAACCUUGUGGAGGGCGAGGAUCACGUGGUGGUGAACGGGGCUGUCUUCCCCAAGCCCUUUGUGGAGAAGCCUGUCAGUGCCGAGGACCACAACGUCUACAUUUACUACCCCACCUCAGCUGGAGGCGGCAGCCAGCGCCUUUUCCGCAAGAUUGGGAGCCGCAGCAGCGUCUACUCGCCAGAGAGCAGCGUUCGGAAAACAGGAUCUUACAUCUAUGAGGAGUUUAUGCCUACAGAUGGUACAGACGUCAAGGUGUACACCGUUGGCCCUGAUUAUGCCCAUGCAGAAGCCCGGAAAUCACCUGCGCUGGAUGGGAAGGUUGAGCGCGACAGUGAAGGGAAGGAGAUCCGCUACCCAGUUAUGCUCUCAGCCAUGGAGAAGCUGGUGGCCAGGAAAGUGUGCCUGGCUUUCAAGCAGACGGUGUGUGGUUUUGACCUCCUGCGGGCCAACGGCCACUCCUUUGUCUGUGACGUCAACGGCUUCAGUUUUGUGAAGAACUCCAUGAAGUACUAUGACGACUGCGCUAAGAUCCUUGGGAACAUUAUCAUGCGUGAACUGGCUCCUCAGUUCCAGAUCCCCUGGUCCAUCCCGACAGAGGCAGAGGACAUCCCUAUCGUGCCGACAACCUCAGGGACUAUGUGA